AAGCGCAAAUAUCAUGUCAAAUAGAAACAUGAUAUUUAUAUUGUUUUUAAUUGUUUUAUAUUAAGCUCCAAUUGCUUUAAUCAAAAAAGAAAUAUAAAUAUGAUCAACUUUUUACUUGUAUUUUUACUACAUUUAAAUAUAUAUCUUGUGAUAUAAAUAUUUUAAAUUGAUAUUCAAAUUUAAAGUCAGUACGUGGUUGAACAUUGUGUGAUGUGUUUGUUGUUUUUUUUUCUCUCACUGCCAUUUUAAAUAAUUAUUAUAAAAACGAUAAAUAAUGAGUCAAACAAUGUCUCAAAGUUUAAAAAAUCGUAAAAUAACUGUUGACAUACUUGCAACAUUAUUUGGUCUUGGUGCAUGGAUUGGAAUAAAUGGUAUUUAUUCACAAUUACCACAACUUGUAUUUACAGCACCAGAACAAUGGAAUCUAGCAUCUCAUAUUGUUAUUGUUGUACAAUUUGCAAAUUUAGGACCAAUAUUAUAUACACUAUAUACAAAAUAUUCACCAUGGACAAGAGAUCAUUAUAUAAUAUAUUUUCUUCUUGCUUCAGCAACAAUUGGUACUUAUUAUUUAUCAUUUAAUUACAAAAAUAUAUCAACAAUAUUUAAUAGUCAACAUUCAACAUCAUUAAUGACAAUUGUAUUUAUUUGUGCAUUUGUUGGUUGUACAAGUUCAGUAUUAUUUAUUCCAUAUAUGAGAAAUUUUCGUGAAAUAUAUAUUGUAUCAUGUUUAGUUGGUGAAGGUUUAAGUGGUUUAUUACCAAAUACAAUUGCAUUAUUACAAGGUGCUGGUGGUGAUCCAUGGUGUAAUAAUUCAACAAAAUUAAAUGAUACUGAAUUAAAAUAUGAAGUAUUACGUACACAGCCAAGAUUUACAACAGAUACAUUUUUAAUAAUAAAUAGUAUAUUAUUAUUAAUGAGUUUAAUGUCAUUUAUUGGUCUUAAUAAACUUAAAAUAGCUAAAGGUGAACGUGCCAAAUCACAAGAUACAACUGAUACACGUCCAACUGAUACAACACCACCACUUAGUUAUAUAACAAAUUCAAAAUGGAAUUUAUCAAAAAAAAGUUAUAUUUCGUUGAUGUUUAUGACUGGUAUUGUUUGUUUUUUGGGACAUAGUACAUUACCAUCAAUUCAAACAUAUGCAUGUUUACCAUAUGGUAAUGUUGCUUAUCAUUUGAGUGUAACACUUGCAUCAAUGGCUGUGCCAUUAUCAAUGGGUAUGGGUUUCAUACAAAAAGAAUCAAAAUCACCAAAAAUAUUAGCAAUUUUAACUGGUUUACUUGUUAUUGUAUCAAUUAUUAUUAUUUAUGUUGCAACAAAAUCACCAAAUCCACCAUUUCAACAUACAACAUUUGGUACAAUAUUUAUUGUUACACUUUGGUUUAUUGUUAAUGGAUUAAUUGGAUAUAUUAAAAUGAAUAUUACAACAACAUUUCGUUCACAUCCUGGUAAAGGACUUUAUCAUGUUGGUGUUGCUACACAAGUUGGAUCUGUUAUUGGUGCUAUUUCAACAUUAACAGCAAUGUCAAGACCAGGUUUAUUUAAUGAAUAUAGUCCUUGUGAUAUGUUUAUCAAACAUUAACAUAUAAAUUUAAUUUUUUUUCCUUUUUCCUAAAUGAAUUUAUUAGUCCAAUUUUUUGUUUUUUUUUUAAUGAGAAAAAUUUGUUUUUUAUUUUCUUUCUGUGAUGAUUUGAAACAAAAAAAUUAAAAAACACUGUACUUAUAUAAUUUUUCUCAAAUUUUAAUAAUUAUUAUAGCAAUGGUAAUGGGAACUUAAUUUUUAAUUAUUAUAGCAGUAUUUUCUAUUAAAUAAUUUUUUUUUUUUUUUAGAUUAAUGUAUAUAAAUAUAUGAAAAAUUUAAUGUAUAAAAAAAAAAAACAAUAUUGUUAUUUACAUUAAUAAAUAAAUUUAUAAAAUGUUAUUUAAAAAACAAUGAGUCAAGCAAUGAAUUUCCAUCUAAUUAUGGUAAACCCAGACAAUUAUUAUUUCCAUAAAUAGUAGUAAAAAAAAAAA